AUGAACAUCAUCAAACGCUUCUCUAUCAUCCUCCUCCUCGUCCUCCUCUCCCUCACUAUCAAUGUCAGAGCCUAUAAGCAGUUCAACGAGCCCAUUGGAAACCGCAUGAUCUGCGAGUCCAGUAAUGGCUCUCCUCGUACCAGCGGCAUUACCAGAAUCGCCCAAUUGCUCAUGGACGGCACCAAGAGUGCAAUGGUGGUCUCUACAGGGCUAGGGGCGCUCGCUGCUCAGUUUGCUACACCGAGGGACGGAUAA